AUGGCGGCGCGCAGGGCCGCCGUGGACGAGAGUUUGGCGGCGCUCGAGGUUCGCAAGAUCUGCCGCGUCGUCCUUGAGGGGUUCGACAGGGUAGAGAACGCGCGGGCAGAACGCGCACAGAGCCAACUGCGGAGGGAACUCCGCCUGGCAGUGCCGAAAGCGGCGGGCGAGGGCCUAUGCGAGGCCCUCCAGGUGCCGUGGCCGCUGCCGCAGGAGGACUCCCAGGAGUUCCAGGCGCUGGGCGACACGGGGCUGGCCAUCUCUAAGAUAGUCAGUGGCCUGGCCGGCGCGGACGUGCCGGCGCACGUUUUCGACCAGAUCAACGAGGGA